CUUACUUGGUUUAUGAGUUUGUGUGCUUUAAAGCACACAAAUGGAAUCAUACCACAAAACGCAAGCAUCAAUCUUCUCCAUGAGUUGAGAAAAGGUUCAAAGUUUUUUAUUGUUGAGGAAUCUCAUUUCUUCAAAGUCUCUCGGGAAAUGAUGAUGACGACGAUCAUCAACUCCUCAUGAGCACCAGGCAUUGUCUUUUUGUACCACAUUGUUUCCGCAUUAACGCUGUCCUCGAGUCUCAAUCUCGUUUUCGUGAUCUUCCGUCACCUAAUUAUGUAUAGUUGCUCUUUUACAUAGUAAAAUCAUAGUAAAUCAAUAUGACUAGUUGCACCAACGAUAAAUAUCCAUGAAGCUACCCGGACUGAAUAAAUAAAGGUGGACUUUACAUAUUCAAUUAGUAGUGACCAAUUUAAUACUAUGGUGUCAACAGUAAAAACAGCAGUGUCCAAGUGCCUCAUCAGUGUAAUUGUUACGAGUGCACAAUAAUGGUGCAAGUGAUUGUAAAGAUGUUGUUUUUACUCGUUUUACUAAUUCUUUUCCAACCCGGCUCAUACAACUUUCUUUGUGCAACAAAGACUACUUCGACCAUUGUUUCAACUACUAAUCUUAAGAGCAUAAUAUUAAAAACUACGGGUGUUGUGACAGAAAACAAAAGCACUAAGUCGUCUCAAAUUACAUCUUCUCCGUGGCAUGGAAUAAGCCAACAUUUUGUUACGAAUUACUUUUUUACUCUAAAUAGUUCCUCAAACAUUCGAAACAGUGCACGUUUUCAUGAGCAUAGCACUAAUACGGAUCCACAUCGGUUACUUUUUCUUGACCAAAAGCAAUUGGAAUUGAAGAAACGGGCGGAAAGAGACCGAAAUAAGAAGCUAAAAGUAUCAAGACAGUUUGAAGUAGUUAAUUCCAGCUCAUUACAUGGGAGAUUAGUUCAAAGCACAAAUACCAUUCGGAGUUUUUACCACGAUACAGGAAAUGAGGCCGAGUUGGAAGGUUUCCAUUCUCACGUGACCUUUGACAUCUCACCAAUCCCAUCAAAUGAAAAGAUUACAAUAGCACAACUUCAGCUCCUAUUCGCAGUUUCCAAACGAAACAGGAACGUGUCCAACGUCACUAUUCAAAUUGUGGUGCAUGACCUCGUGAAAGUAGUUCAACCUUCGAAAACAACAUCAACAAUUGGCCAAAUCAGCCUUCCCAUUGACGCCAAGAUGCUAAAACUGAGCAAAUUGGAUUCCAACUUUUGGCUCAACUUUGACGUAAUCUCUGCCGUAAGCAGAAUCCAGCAUCAGUCCAGAAAGAGAAAACUUUCACUUGGCAUUGAACUCAUUGUCCACGAUGGAAACUUAUUGUCUUUAGAACCGGAAAUUCAAAACUAUAUUCGAGUAAAGCGGUCAUCAUUAUUAAAUCUACCAAAUAAUCAAUCCAAACCUUCAACGUUUUCACAACUCCAUACGUACGCUGAUGAUCGCAAUCGUCCGAGACAGUUCAACGUGAAGAAGGAGAAGCCCCUUUCUCGAGGCCAUAGAUCUCAUAGGAAUCACAGACGAAAAAAUCAUCGAUUAAAAAAUAGGAACAUUUGUUCCAGAAAGAGAAUGUUUGUGGAUUUCACAGAUGUUGGCUGGAAUGAUUGGAUUGUUGCUCCUCCAGGUUAUCAAGCGUUUUACUGUUCUGGAGAGUGUCCGUUCCCGUUGGCAGAGCACCUCAACGCCACAAACCAUGCCGUGAUCCAGGCGCUGGUGAACUCCAUGAGUCCAGGACGCGUGCCCCCGCCUUGCUGCGUCCCCAAACGCUACUCCUCCCUCUCACUUCUCUACACGGACAGCUCCGACAGAAUUGUGCUAAAACACUACAAGGAGAUGAUCGUCGAAAGUUGUGGCUGCAGUUGAAGUCUGCACACCUCCAUUCGUAAAGAAUGUAAAGGCAAGAAAUUAUAAAAAUGUGGUGGGCCUCAAAAUUUAUGUGUUUAUUUGAUGUAGUAAAAACAUGUAUCAUUAUUAUUGUUAUUGCAUAAUUAGGCCCUGGUGUAACAAUGUCUUACUAUAUAAAUAUUAGGUUUCAAUCGUCGUUACCAAAAACUGAGAAACAUGCCAUAAAUUAGGGUACGAUGUAAAUAGGGAUUGCCGACUAACUUGAUAGACCGCGUUAUGAGAGAGUAUAUUACAGCCUUUUUAUUUUUGUAAAAACUUUUUGUUGUUUGUGUAAAGAUGGAUUUUACAAACAUUUACACUUUUUGUGUGUAACAUGCCUGAUAUUGUAAUUGAUUUCUUUAUUGUUUGUUAUAUUCCUCCCCCAUUAAUUUUACUUGUACAUUACACGCACAUUUCACAUCUUUAUUUUUUAAUCGGUCUGCAAGGGAAGCUAAACAAGGAAGGAAGGAAAGAAAGUCAUUCACGAGUCUCUGAAUUAAAGUGCUCAUGCAUUCACUUGUAUUAUUAUUUUUAUUAUCUGCUACAUAUUCGUUGAGCCUUCCUUCGCAGAGAAGAAACUAAUUUUCAGACCCAUCACAACUCAACUCGAUGAAGUCAUUGUAGAUGAGUUUAUGUGCUUAUGCUCAACUUAAGAAGAAAUAAAAGCUGAACAAGAUGUUAAAGUCAGA